GCAGAGCGCCCCAGGCCCCGCAGCCGAGCGCCGAGCUGCCGAUCCGUCACUCUCGCAGCCCUCGCUCGGGUCGCUCGUGGCUCCACCCGCCAUUGUAAUCCUUACCCCGCUAUGGAGCAUGCUUUUACCCCGCUGGAGCCCCUGCUACCCACGGGAAACUUGAAAUACUGCCUCGUGGUUCUUAAUCAGCCUUUGGAUACACAUUUUCGCCCUCUUUGGAAAAAAGCUCUCUUAAGAGCCUGUGCUGAUGGAGGUGCCAACCACUUAUAUGACCUCACUGAAGGAGAGAGAGAAAGCUUUUUGCCUGAAUUCAUCAAUGGGGACUUUGAUUCUAUUAGGCCUGAAGUCAAAGAGUACUACACCAAGAAGGGCUGUGAUCUUAUUUCAACUCCUGACCAAGACCACACUGACUUUACCAAGUGUCUUCAAGUGCUCCAAAGGAAGAUAGAAGAAAAAGAACUACAGGUUGACAUGAUCGUGACCCUGGGAGGUCUCGGUGGGCGUUUUGACCAGAUCAUGGCAUCUGUGAAUACCCUUUUCCAAGCCUCUCACAUCACCCACGUGCCAAUUAUAAUAAUCCAAAAGGAAUCUCUCAUCUACCUCCUCCAACCCGGAAAGCACAGGCUCCACGUAGACACUGGAAUGGAAGGCAGCUGGUGUGGCCUUAUUCCCGUUGGACAGCCUUGCAACCAGGUGACAACAACAGGCCUGAAAUGGAACCUCACAAAUGAUGUGCUUGGCUUUGGAACACUGGUCAGUACUUCUAACACCUACGAUGGGUCCGGCCUUGUCACUGUGGAAACUGACCAGCCACUCCUCUGGACCAUGGCCAUCAAGAGCUAACCUACAGUGUGGCAUCCAUCUUGUGCCUGUGCCUUCCCUUCCCUGCCCACUGGUUCACUGCUCAGCAGGAACAAUUACAUAGGUGGGCAGGAAUCUAAACUUCUCCAUAGGGAGCCACAAGCUUUCAAGGUGUGAGGGCUUGAGGUACAGCUGAGCAGCAGAAACAGAUGUUGCGCAUGUCCAAGGCCUUGGGUUCAACCCGCCACACCACAAAAUAAAGAUGGUGGUGUUUAUAGAUUCCAGGGUAUUCUAUAAAUGAUAUCUCAAUGGUAUAUUGAGGUAAAAAUUAUGGCCUAUCAAAGGAAAUAAGCUGUAUUAUAUGGCUAAUAUAGCUGUAUUAUAUGGCUAAUAUCGCUAAUGUAGAUCAUUACAUUAUAUAAUUCAGUUUUAAUCAUUUUAAUUUAAUUAAUCAGUCCAUUUACCUUAAGAUUCUUAUUUUAAUUUUGAAGCACCAGAAGCUGUUGUGUGUUGCAUUGGAAUGUGGCACUUCCUUAAGUGCCUGACAACAAGGGCUGCCUGCUCUGAGUGUGUCCUAACGUCAGACUCCGCUCUGUAGUGUACAUUAUCUCCCCAGUGCCGUGAGAGAAUGGCAGCAGUUCACUUUGGCACCAUCGUUUACAAGAUAAGGAUCAUUGACCUAAUUGUUAGCUUUGAAAGCAAGCAGCUACAUAGACUAUGGGUAAGUGAGAAAUGGUAGUUCAGGACUCACUCCAACAUGAACCCCUAAAAAUUUGAAAGUAAGCACUCUGCUCUCUAGAAAUGCAGUGUCUUUAUGAAAAUUGUGACACACCCAAAAGCUUUGUGCUGAGAAAUUGAUCGUAAGCCUGAAAGUUCAGUCACUUUUAACAUGUUUUGCACUCGGGGCUGGAAAGAUUGCUCAGUGGUUAGGGGCACUGGUCACUCUUGCAGAGGUCCUGAGUUCAGUUCCCAGCAACCACAUGGUGGCUUACAACCAUCUGUAAUGGAAUCUGAUGCCCUCUUAUGGCAUGCAGGUGUACAUGCGGAUAGAGUACUCAGACAUAUAAAUAAAUAAAUCUUGGCGGAAAAACACAUUUCACACUAAAAAACAGAAUAUUAAUUCAUGGACCAUAUUUACUGACAUCACCAGAAAUUAGUGUGGCUAUGGAGACCACCUGAAGCCUGUUUCUGCACCCCAGUCAACCAUGUGCCUGGUUCCUGAACUGUUUCUCUCUGCUGUAUGGUCGGAGGGGUUGUAAUCACUGAGUAUGUGAAAGAACCUCAGAUAUGAACUCUAAAUGCUGACAUGUCGCAGGUGUAGAUAACACAUUUCCUGUCUUAGGCUAAGCUUGCUGGAGCAUGAACAUUUACCCAUGUUUCUUUCAUGAGCUCCCCUCCUGUCUUCCUACCCUCCCCUGUCCCAUUUGUUAAACUGCAUCUUGCCAAACAAACCAAGAUUUAAGGCAGCCUGCCUACCAUGUUGCAUUUACCCAGUGGUAAUGUUACUGUCUUCUUGGUGCUACAACAGUAUGAAGCUUAAAACAAAUAGAGGAAGAAAAGGGAUCAGUUGAACCAAUGCCAAGUUCUUAACGGAAAUAGUUAGAAUCAUUGUUAUUAUCUUAUGCAAAUAUAUGAUUCUGAAAUCUGAAUGUCAAAUAAAAAGUUAUCAAUGUG